CAGCGGGCGCCGCCAUGGCGGCCGUGGGGUACGCGCUGCUGUGCGGGCAGGCCCUGCUGCUGCUCGGGACCCUGCUGCUGCUGCACGGAGCGUCCCGAGGGCUGCCGCACAACGGCACCGAGCCCGACCAGCCCCCGUGGGCAUACAGCGACCCGCAGGCACCGCUGGUGCUGUGCACAUACCUCCCCGAUGAGUUCGUGGAGUGCGAGGAGCCCGUGGACCACGGUGGGAACGCGACGGCGCAGCAGGAGCUGGGCCACGGCUGCGUGAAGUUCGGCGGUCAGGCCUACGGGGAGGUUGACCACACACGGGUGCAGUGCAGGGCGCUGGACGGCAUCGAGUGCGCCGAGCCGCGGAGCUUCCUGCGGGGCAGCCGGCCCUGCGUCAAGUACACUGGGCACUACUUCAUCACCACUCUGCUCUACUCCUUCUUCCUGGGGUGCUUCGGAGUGGAUCGGUUCUGCCUCGGCCACACCGGCACCGCCGUGGGGAAGCUGCUGACCCUGGGCGGGCUGGGGAUCUGGUGGUUCGUGGAUCUGAUUCUGCUCAUCACUGGAGGGCUGAUGCCCAGCGACGGCAGCAACUGGUGCACGGUGUAUUGAGAGAGCUGAGGGGCUGGACAUACGGACCCUAUGGCAUCAGGACAGACGGUGGCCUCGCACCAAAGCUGGAACGUGACGUGCAGAGCUAUUACUCCUCUUAAUGUACAAACCUUGGACAUGGAUUUGCUCAGGAUCUUAUUUUGCUUGUUUGAAGUAAUCUGGAUCUGAAGGUGGUCAAACAGAUCCUUAAUAAAAGCUGGAAGAAGCGGA